AGAUGUAGCUAGCUAGCUUUUAUACCAUAGAAGAAAGAGAAGCAGAAACUAGCUAUCAUGGCUGCUUCCGUGGUUAGGUGGUUGAGGGGAUUGUACGUUUUCUUUUUGACAUGUCAGCUAUCCGUCUUGGCUUUCUUGAAUCUAGAGGAAUUAAACGAGGUGAAAUAUGGGAUCCAGAUUCUUCCAGAUCCUGUCAUUAUGGGUCAGGCUAAGACAGAAGAAGUCAUGCUGGUGUCCAGCAAAUACAAGCAGAUGUAUGAAUGUCGCCUUCCAGCCCAGGCAGUGAGGUUUCACCAGGACCGAGCCUCUGAGCCUGACUCCCAAGGCUACACCGGACCAAGCAUCCCAGACCUGCUCAAGCCCAUGCACACUGCCCCCUGCCUAGUGAAGACAAAAGACUGGUGGACAUAUGAGUUCUGCUAUGGACAACACAUUAGACAGUACCACCUUGAGGACACAGACAUCAAAGGGGAUGUUCUCUUCCUGGGGUACUAUGAUUCAGAGUUUGACUGGAACAAUGAAACAGCCAAGGCCUCCAAGCAACACAGACUGAAGCGCUACCACAGUCAGAGCUAUGUCAAUGGCUCCAAGUGUGACCUGAACGGGAACCCCAGGGAGACUGAAGUCAGGUUUGUGUGUGAGGAGGGCUCGGGGGACUACGUGGCCCGUGUGGAUGAGCCCCAGUCGUGCCGCUACGUGCUGACGGUCCACACCACCCGCACCUGCCAGCACCCCUUCCUGCGCCCGCCCUACACCGCCAAGCCCCAGGGCAUUGUGUGCCAGCCAGCCCUCAGCACCCAGCAGUACAUGGACUAUGUCAAGGCCCAAGUCUCGGAUACGAAACGUAAAGUGGAGCAGAUCUCAGAGGAGCUGAAGACUCUUGAUGAGAUGUUGGCUGGGGACGAGGGGACAGACGAGGACUCAGCGACGCCAACUGAUGACCCAGAUGUCCUGGGGUCAGACACAAAAGAUGCAGUUCUGACCUCCGAAGAGCCCGAGGAUUCUGAUUUCUGGGAGGGAGUGACGAAGCCAGGGAGUACCACAGCAACUGACACCACUUCAGAGCAUCAGGCUGGAGAGGAUACCUAUGAUAAUCAGCUCACAGAUAAUGAGGUCACAGAGGAUGCUUUUGGAGAUGAACAAUUUAACUUCAAGAUCAUCACUGACCCUGCAGACCUGAUGAAAUUUGUGCAGCAUCUCAAAGAGAGCAACAGAAAGAAAGCAGAAAAUGAAGCCAAACAAGAACGAGAGGAACUCCAAAACGAGAAGGAAAAGGAGAGGGAUGAGGAGGGGGAUGAAGAAGAGCAUCUCUUGCUGCAGGAGUUUGAGGAGGAGAUAGCUGACAUCUCAGUACCUUCUGCCAACAUUGAGGAAAUGAAAGGGGAAAUGCAAAAGGAGUUUGACAACAUCAUAGACGAGGCUCAGCAAGAACUGGAGACCGAAGGUCUGAAGGGGGAGUUUGACCGCACUCAGGCAACCCAGACCCUGGAGGCUACUCUGGACAAGCUGCUGGACCGCCUGGAGGACAAAGAGGCCAGGGACACAGAGGCAGAGCCCCAGACAGAGGGAGGCCAGAGGGCCAACGACCCAGCCAGGGGUAGUCCCAGCCUGGCCCCUCGACAGCCAGACCAAGCGGCUGACGACCUUGUUAAGAUCAGAGUUACUAAGUAUAAGACAGGCAGCAGUCCCGAUGGGGAGGUCAAAGUUCAGGAGAUGGGCGAAGGUGACCCCCAGUGGCAGCACAUUAAGGACGUGGUUAAAGAACAGCUAGAGAAGGCGGGACUGAAGGCCGAAGGUAAAAUUGAGGUGAAGAUUAUAACACAAAGGACAGCUGAGGAGGCUGGGGACCAGUGGUUGACUGAAGAAGAUACCAAGUCCUUCAGAGAGCUGCUCAUCAACCUACUGACAGGGGGAACAGAAGAGGUUUACAAGGAGCAAAAGAGACAGCAGGAGUUGGAAAACAACUACAGAUUUGUAUGGGGAGAGAGACAGGAAGAGGCCCAGUCCACCAGUACUGCACCGGACUCGGACGAUGUGGAGUUAUGAGCUCUGGGGAGACAUUUCCUCGCAUCGUGGGAACCAAGCACCUGUGGAGGCUAGGAGACAAGGAGUGUCCCUCUCCCCUGUCAGAGCUCUGAACUCACUGUCAAGUCUCAGCCUCCCCUGGGGCCCCACUGGUAAAACCAGUGUCCACAGACACACCUGUUUCCACACUCAGAAAUGUGUUGUGUCCGUGUCAGGCACUUAUGUACCUUGCACAAACCAAUCCAAUUGUCUCAGCUGUGGUAGUGUAAUAGUGUCAGGUUUUUUUUUCUCUAGUGAGAGGCUGAAAAAGCAUAAUUUCAAUGUUGAUUGCUAUCAGUUGGAAUCAGAGGGUGAAAAACACCAUGGACUGGACAAUUUGCACAUGUGAAAAUGUCUCUUUCUUGGACUGUAUAUGAUGUUGAACUUUCCAUUUCUACAGAACUAUGAUACCCUCUCCUGUAUCCACAUAGCAGUGCUUAUAAUUACUCCUCUGUAUUUGUUUGCUGCUCUACACUGAUUAAAUCACCUCAAUGAGUGAUGCACUGGGGGAACUGA